ACAGGGGAGUAGGGGACAGGUACGAGAGUCUUGCAAUGCUUAGUCUAGACUCUAGAUAUACUAUGUUUAUGGGCUUUAAUGCAUUUUAACCUAUUUUUCAUGGCUCGUACAUGUCUGGGUCACAGUUAUGAGUUAUUUGUUUACAAAUAAUAUUUUGUUGAACGUUAUUGACGCGGUGACAUAAAAUAACUUAUGGAAAAUUGCAUAGUGAAUGGAAACAUUAAUAAUGAUUUUCUUUCACAAUCUUAUUCCCAAGGUAUUGAAAAAAUUACUGGAACCAAAGACAAUACCUUUAAUUUUCAAAUACCAAAAGAACUUUUGGAAGUUCGAGAGAAAACUUGGGACAACUUAUUUGAUAAGUAUUCCAAGGAGAUGUCUGAUGAUAUAGAGUUAAAUGUUGAUACUUUAAAACCUGAAGAAAAGGAAGAUGAAAAAGCAGUUAGUGGAGAAGAAUCCAGUUAUGGACAACGAAUACUUAUGCGUAAGCCAGCCACUUUUGUACAAUAUUGGAUAAAUACUGGUAAUCUACCUUACAAAGCACUUCUAAAUGAAAAGAAUGAAUUAUCUGAAACUGGUUCGUCGCUAAGUGAGAAAGAAAUUACAUCUUUAGUGUCGCCUUCAGCAUCUCCGGUCACAAAUGUAGUACAUACUGUAAAUAAUGCUACAGAUGAUAAGCAAAAGUGUAAAAAUGAUUCAUCUUGCAGUUCUGUAGAUACUGCAGCUUACAUUCUAUCUAAUGCAAAUAUUACAAAGAUGGAUACUUUUCACGAAAAACAGAUAUUAGAAAACGUCAUAUCUGAAAUUAUUGCAAAAGAUACAAGUAUGACAACACUUCAUCGUAAGAAGUUAUAUACAGGCAGAGAUUCUCCUAUAGAUAUAAUACUAACCGAAACACAUGGCACAAAUAGAUUAUCUCAACAACAAACAAAACAAAGUUUACAUCCUGCUUUCGAUCUUGAUGAUACAAUCAAGAGAAAAACAACUUCAAUUCAUGAAGAUGUAAGUAAACAUUCUUCCAUUAAAAAGAAUUUUGUCUCGAAGAAAGUUAAAAGGAAAGAGGUAAGAGAAUUUGAUUGCAGCAAAAUUACAGACAUUAGUAAUAAAUACGAAUACAUAAAUAACAAGAUUAAAGAUUCCAAUAUUGACGGUUCUUUCAAGAAUUUAUCAGACUCUCACAAUAAUUUGGAUAAACAAGACGACCGUACGUUUCGGAAAUAUGAUGACACAAUUUCCAUAAAAAGUGAAAAAUAUAAACAAUACUUGUCUUCUCUUAAUUUAAAUCCAGUUGUACUUUUACAGCGAAUUGAACAUUCUAUUGAGCAACAUAAAUUCACAGAGCGACAAAGUAGAAACCAAGUAUUUAAUAGAGCAGACUCGGAUUCUGCAUUUCAGAAGAAAACAUUUCGAAAUAAUAAUCGUAAUAAAUUAUGCCAAGAUCGUAAUAAAUAUUCAAUUUUAACUUUUACAUCAUCAGAUGAAGACGAUUUUGUUCGAUCGAUACAACAUCCUAGAAAAAGAUUAAAAGUAUCAAUAAAUGAAUCAAAAAAGAUUGUACAAAAGGAUAUUAGAUCGAUAAAAGAAAACAAAGAACAUAAUAAAGUUGUCGAAAUUAGAUCUUUUGAUAGUGAUACGCAGACAGCAACUACUUCCUUACAGCCACAUGAAAAUGAAAGAUUUAUGUUUUUUUCAAGUGAGGAUGACAACGACGAUGCCACCGAUAAUUUAGAUAAAAAUAAGAAACGAAUUUCAUCCUUUGAUAGUAAAAAAAUCAUAAAUUAUAACAGUAAAAGGCAUUCAAAUGAAGCGUUAAAGAAAACUGGAGUAGAUCAUAAGGAUAUUCACGUUAUAUUUUUCCAAACAAAAACAUAUGACACAAAUUCUUCAGAUUCUGAAGAAAGUAACAGUUAUACUUUAUGUACAUAUCAUAACUCUUAUUCGAAUUUAGUAAAUUCUUGUAAAUGAUAACUGAUAGUAUUGUCUUUUCAAUAAUAACAAAUAUAUUAACAGAUAUGUCGAAAAUAUUAAAUUAUAUCUUUGAUAAACUCAUUAAAAUUCUUGUACUUUUCUCGUAUGUAUGACCAAUACCCUAGAUAAAAUCCAUAUUAUAAUUUUUGAUUAAAAAAUUACAUACAAUGUAUUACAAUAUGUUUAAUUAUUAUAUAUUAUUGACUGAUAUUAUUAAUAUUAUGUUAAAUUAUAUUAAUAUUAAUAUUAUGUUACUAUUAGUGUUAAUGUUUAUUGAAAUAUUGUUGAAGACCUUGACAAUAUGUACAGUAUUAUUUAUUAAAAUAUAUCUGCUUAAAAUAUAUUUGAUAUAAUUUAUGUAUUAACACUAAUAUACAUCAAAUAAUAUCACAUAUAUUUAAGCUAUGAUGUUAUAAAUGUUGAUAAGUAUAGUAUGUCAUCGAUAUUAGUCUUUAUAUAAGAUAUUUUAAAUAUUAGAGUAUUUUAAUGGAAACUUUAUAAUUUUGUCUAUAUGAUGUAAAUUUUGUACGAGAUAUAAAAAUUUGUUUACUUGCGAAAAUUUUUAAAUGUUAAAGUAAAAUUUUAAAAAGACUAUAAUUUAUUUGCUGCUAUUUAUCGAUUGUUUUUGUAAUGCUAAUCAUGCAUAAAAAUAUAUUAGAUUUAAAAAUUGUAAAACU